GGCUCUUUAUAUUUCUUCUGUGGACUGUUUUAUCAAUUAACAAUUUUCUUUUACUUGAAGAUAGCUUAUAUGCUUGUUGGGUCAAUAACCUCAGUAGCUGAAAGCACAGAAGCUUCAGAGUGAUAAUGACACUAAACUUAUUUCCCCUUCUCCUUGCGUUGUGGUAGUACUAGCGAGUGUAAUAUAGGUAGUUAGACGGUGACCCUGUAGAGCGUAUGCAGUGUGUCAGGCAAAGACUAAGUGCUUUACAUGUAUUAACUCACUUAAUCCACAGAACAACCCGUGAGAUAGAUACUGUUAUCCUCAUUUUACUGAUGAGGGAUUGAGGCAGAGGGAGGUUAGUAACUGACUACUCCACAAGUACAAAUAACUGGUAAGCGGCAGAGCUAGGAAUUGAUCUGAGGCAGCCUGGCGCCAGCGUCCUUCCUCCUAACCAUUAUACGGUACUGUACUUAAUCGACACUCAUGUAAGUAAAGGGAAAUGUGAGAUAAAAAAUGCUUUUAACAUCUUUGUGGGCUCUAUGGAACUUAUUAUUUGUUCAUUCAAUGCUCCCUGUAGAAUCAGUGAUUACAGAGGGAACAUUUAAUCUCAAAGCAUUCAUCCCUAUUUUCAAAGUAGUAUUUUCAGAUCUGUUCUCCAUCUGAGACCUUGCAUUUAGAAAAAGUACAUUUGAACUUUUUAGUUGAAUUGGCAGAUCAAGAGCUUACAGACAGGAUAUUGCCUUUGAGUAUUUAGACUGUAUGUGCUGACCCCCUGAAGCAGUAAUUUGGUUAGAUCACAAUGUUUCCAUUAGAGUACAGCAGUAUUAGGGGGUCUGACUUCAAAGUGUGUAUGUGUGUGUUUUAUAUGUAUCUUUGUAAAUAGGCCACUUCUUUACAAAUGGAGCCAAGAUUCUAAAACUCUUUCAGAGCCAUUUAAAUCCAAGAAAUAUCUAAGCAUUUGAAGUAGAACUAGGAACAAUGCAAAAUGUUACCUUUCUGGAGACUUGUGAUAAUUAAAAUAAAUAAAACAACCUGCCCAUUUUUAAAUACUUAAAGAACCUCCAGUUAAUCUUGCAGCAUGAGUUCUCACUUGAGCAUUGAUUUACAUACACUUUUUAUCUUGAAGUCUAAGCUAAUAGCCACUGUUUGAUAAGAAAACCAGUGUUCCAUUUUCUUCUGCUUCCUUUGUCUUAGGUUUUUGUGGAUCUGCUGUGCUCUGAACAUGUAUGCUUAGAACACAUCUAUGCUGGUGCUUUGGGUUUAUGAAGGCCUAGACAUCAUCACCAACAAGGUUUCUGCCCAAGAGCAGAGAAUGUGCCAGCACCACAUGCUCAGCUUUGUGGAUCCUCUGGUGACAAAUUACACAGUCGUGGACUUCAGGAACAAGGCAACUGCUCUGAUUGAAGAUAUAUUUGCCCGACACAAAAUUCCUAUUGUCGUGGGAGGAACCAAUUAUUACAUUGAGUCUCUGCUCUGGAAAGUUCUUGUCAAUACUAAGCCUCAGGAGAUGGGCACUGAGAGAGUGAUUGACCGGAAAAUAGAGCUUGAAAAGGAGGAUGGCCAUGCACUCCACAAACGCCUGAGCCAAGUGGACCCAGAAAUGGCUGCCAGGCUGCACCCACAUGACAAACGCAAAGUGGCCAGGAGCUUGCAAGUGUUUGAAGAAACGGGAAUCGCUCAUAGUGAAUUUCUUCAUCGUCAACAUGCAGAGGAAGGUGGUGGUCCCCUUGGAGGCCCUCUGAAGUUCCCUAACCUUUGCAUCCUCUGGCUUCAUGCUGACCAGACAGUUCUAGAUGAGCGCUUGGAUAAGAGGGUGGAUGACAUGCUUGCUGCUGGGCUCUUGGAUGAACUAAGAGAUUUUCACAGACGCUAUAAUCAGAAGAAAGUUGCAGAAAAUAGCCAGGACUAUCAGCAUGGUAUCUUCCAAUCCAUUGGCUUCAAGGAAUUUCACGAGUACCUGGUCACUGAGGGAAAAUGCACACCAGAGACUAGUAACCAGCUCCUAAAGAAAGGUAUUGAGUCUCUGAAACAAGUGACUAAGAGAUAUGCCCGGAAGCAAAACCGAUGGGUUAAAAACCGUUUUUUGAGCAGACCUGGUCCCAGUGUCCCCCCAGUAUAUGGCUUAGACGUAUCUGAUGUCUCGAAGUGGGAAGAGUCUGUUUUUGAACCUGCUCUUGAAAUCGUGCAAAGUUUCGUCCAGGGCCACAAGCCUGCAGCUGCUCCAGUAAAGAUGCCGUGCAAUGAAACGGAGAACAAGAGAAGUUAUCACAUGUGUGACCUCUGUGAUCGAAUCAUCAUUGGGGACCGUGAAUGGGCAGCACAUAUAAAAUCCAAAUCCCACUUGCACCAACUGAAGAAGAGAAGAAGAUUGGACUUGGAUGCUGUUGCUACCAUGGAAAGUCAGAGUGUUUCUCCAGACUGUGACAAAGAGCUUAAAGAGAAAGGAUCCCCAGGGCAGAAUGAGAAAGAGCUGAAAUCUGGUGUUUAAAGAGACAUGUCCAGUAGCCUUUGCACAGGUAGGGGCCCAGUUCAGGAGGGACGGUUAUGUCUGUGUCCCCGUCUGGACUGAGGAGUGCUAUGCAGAAAGCCCCCACCGUUUUCUUUCUUCAGUGGUGUAGUUUUAAAGUCUCAUGUUCUCUGUCAUGGAAACAGCGGGGCUUGUUAGCUCUUGUUUGGCUGAUGUACCCAGUGGUAAUGAUGAUUUGGGGAAGGAAUCUUUUUCUUUUAACCUUAAAGGUUCUAUUUUUGAAAGAGGCACAGUUUGUACUUUUUAAUACUUGAGGAUCUUUUGGUAAUGAAUACCUGAAUUUCCUAUAUCCCUUAAAAAAGAAGUUUUAUAUGAGAGACUAUGGACUGUGAGAGGCAAACUGAGGACUUCAGAGG